AAUUCAUCAAUUAUUUCCAUUAGGAGUAAAUUGAUAAUUUGUUAAACAAAGAAGCGCUUUGCGUUGAGGUGGUAUCACUGAUUAAUAAAAAAAAAAACAUAAUAAUAAUUUACAAUAAAGACAUACAAAGUGCAAGCAAAAAGUACAUACGUCAACUCGAAAAAUAAAAUUGUCUGGCUGUUUCUUGGCUAUUAAAAAAUCAGUGUAAUAAAUUGCAUCAAGCAGAUUUUAUUGUUAAUAUUAUUUAUUUGAAUAAAGUCAGCUGGCAUGAAGAUGAAGAUUCCAAAUAGCGGCUCCGGUAACGGAUAUUAUGGACAUGAAAGUGGUGUCAUUUCUUAUUUGGAUCAUGUUGAACAAGAAAUAGAUCCACCUGCUGGUGAAAACGGAGAUUUUGCUGAGUAUUUAUGGAUGGAAAAUGAAGAAGAGUUUGAUAAACAGGUAUUGGAGCAAUUGGAAGAAGAAGAGUUGAUGGAGGAAUGUCUAGAGGCGAUGCUGGAGGAGGAGAGACAGCACCAGAGAAAUCAGGUAUCCUCUAAUUGGUGUAAUGUUACAACGGAAACUGUCAGUGGCAAUGAAUUGUGCCAGCAAUUGAGUAGUCUCAGAGUUCACAAUGAUCUCGCAAAAUCGUCAACACUAAAUCCGGAUGCUGAAGAAUUUGUUCCUUCUUUUAAAGUAGUGACAGUAAGUACAACGGAAAUAUCAAGUGAAUCGUCAUAAAAACUUAUAUAUAUUUCUGCGAUGCGUGUUAUUUAAUGAGCUAAUUAUUGAUGAUAAAUCUUACGGGCAAAUGGGAUCAUUUUGAUGACAUGGUUAAAUAAUUAAUUGAAAAGUGAAAAAAUGAAUAAAAUUUGAGCUCAUAAAUUUUUAAACACGCUAAAAAGUACAAUGAAUAAAAAAUAAAAUAAUGAUAAUGAUAAAUAAAAAUAAAAGUAAUUUAAUAGCCAUCAGCCCUCCAAUGACGACCACAUGCGUAUUUUAAUUAUUCCGAAUUUUAUAUUUUUGGCGUUUCACUCACGCCUUUAUGCAAUUUGCGGCGUAUAAUAUAAUUAUUUGCUUCUUAUUCUAUAUUAUUCAGAAACAAAAAGAAAAAAAAAUUAUAAAAAGUUAAUACAAAAAAAAGAAUAAAAAAAUAUAAUUACAAUUACAAUUAUAACAAUAACAAUAACAAUAACAAUAAUCAAUAAAUAAAUCUUUCAUUAACGUACUUAAAGAUAAUCACAUAUUGGAAAAAGAUAAAUAUGGUAUCAAGUUGGAUAAAUAAUGCACUCAAUCAAUAACAACCAAACA